CCGGUAAGGGCUGUCCGCUCAGAUUGCCUCCAGUCACCAAGGCAACGAGUGUCCAGCGGGGUUGAAAGACGGAUUGGGUGGAUGGGAAUUAACCUCCUUCCGACCCGAAAAGACCGUUUGAAUAAUAAUCCUCACGGGGAGGAUUAUUAUUCUGUAAAGCCCAGAGCCAACGCAGGGGAAGGAGUUUCCUCCGAGAUGAGAAAACCGGCGCUGGGGAGGCAGCUUCCACUCUCGGGGUCUUGAGGAGGACGAGCGGAGGGGGUUGAAUGGAGUCGGUGAAAGCCGAGUGAAGACGGACGAGGGAUCGGCGAUUUGUGCCCCGUUAUCCAGUUAAAUAUAUAUAAUAUAAUAUAUACAUAAAACACACUCCAGGUGUAGGUUCCGCGGAGAGAAGGGCAGCUACAUUUAACAUCACAGAAUGGCGGAAAACGAUGUUGACAAUGAGCUCUUGGACUAUGAGGAUGAUGAGGUCGAGAACCAGGCAGCGGGUGAUGCGUCAGAGGUGCCGCUCAAGAAGGAUGUGAAGGGCUCAUACGUAUCUAUACACAGUUCUGGGUUCCGAGAUUUCCUGCUGAAACCAGAGUUACUGCGUGCCAUUGUCGACUGCGGUUUUGAGCACCCCUCUGAAGUACAACAUGAGUGCAUUCCCCAAGCAAUUCUGGGCAUGGAUGUCUUGUGUCAGGCCAAGUCUGGCAUGGGAAAAACGGCAGUGUUUGUCUUGGCUACUCUUCAACAACUGGAACCUGUCACCGGACAAAUUUCAGUCCUGGUGAUGUGCCACACUCGAGAACUGGCAUUCCAAAUCAGCAAGGAAUACGAACGGUUCUCCAAGUACAUGCCAAGCGUGAAGGUUGCGGUGUUUUUUGGUGGGCUCUCCAUUAAGAAGGACGAGGAGUUGUUGAAGAAGAACUGCCCGCACAUUGUGGUGGGCACCCCUGGCAGGAUCCUGGCACUGGCUCGCAACAAGUCUCUGAACCUCAAACACAUCAAGCACUUCAUCCUGGACGAGUGUGACAAGAUGCUUGAGCAGCUCGACAUGCGUCGAGACGUCCAGGAGAUCUUUCGCAUGACCCCUCAUGAGAAACAGGUCAUGAUGUUCAGUGCCACCUUAAGCAAGGAGAUCCGCCCUGUUUGUCGCAAGUUCAUGCAAGACCCGAUGGAGAUCUUUGUGGACGAUGAAACCAAGCUGACUCUGCAUGGUCUGCAGCAGUACUACGUGAAGCUGAAAGACAACGAGAAGAACCGCAAGCUUUUCGACCUGCUCGAUGUUCUGGAGUUUAAUCAGGUGGUUAUUUUUGUGAAGUCGGUUCAGAGGUGCAUUGCCUUGGCACAGCUCCUGGUUGAGCAGAACUUCCCCGCCAUAGCCAUUCACCGGGGCAUGCCCCAGGAGGAGAGAUUAUCUCGAUACCAGCAGUUCAAGGAUUUCCAGCGACGGAUACUGGUUGCCACCAACUUGUUUGGCCGUGGGAUGGACAUCGAGCGAGUCAACAUUGUAUUUAAUUAUGAUAUGCCAGAGGAUUCUGACACCUACUUACACAGGGUGGCGAGAGCUGGCCGUUUCGGUACCAAGGGACUGGCUAUCACGUUCGUGUCAGAUGAAAAUGACGCCAAGAUCCUCAAUGAUGUGCAGGACAGGUUUGAAGUGAACAUCAGCGAACUGCCCGACGAGAUCGACAUUUCCUCAUACAUUGAACAGAGCAGAUAGACCAGGAACUACAAGCCCAGCUUUUAGUGCCGUCGAUUGUUGGCAGCCCUAUGUCUGAUCUGCACCAUUUUACAUUGAUGCACAUUCAUUGGCAUUGACAGUGCAAGUGGCUGUAUGUAAAUACUAUGCAUUUAGCUGCACUUGACAGCGAUGUGACAUUAUUCCGUUACAUAGAAACUUUUUAGAAUUAUUUUCCUCUUUCCUUUAUCUUUGGUAAACCGUGUUUUGCAUGGAAAUUAUGAUUGUUCCUAUAACACUAUGUCACGCCAAAUGGUACAAUGUAUUUGAGUAGAGAAUCUGUUCCAGUGAUAAUUAAAAGAAAACACACACUCCUUCAUACUAGGAGCAGAGUUUGUCGUCAGUCUUCUACUUUCUUCCACCCUUCCCCAGAAAUGAGGUGCAAUAUCCAUGUCACUUGUAUGUGAGCAGCCACAGUGCAUGCCUAAAGUAAAGGGGGCAUCAUAAAUCAGUGUCACACUGCCCAUCUACACAAAUACUGGUGUGCACCUCCCUGGAAAGGAAUGGGUCUCCGGGUAUUCCUCCUCCCUCUUGCACGGAGCCUGUUUGGGACUUCUUGGCUGAGCUCAACUAAAGGGAACCAAUCAUCCAGGGGGAAGCUGAAAGGACCUGAUUCAACGCCUGCAUUACACUGCACUGGGAACAGAGGAAGGAAGGCAAUACAAGGACAGUAGAGACAGGUUUUAAAUGAUAUUGUCUGACUAAAUCAUACAGUACUACACAGGUUUGGCUACAUGACAAAAUAGAAUGUCAAGUAGUCUGGACCCUGAUCAAGGAGCUAACAUGGUUUAUAUAUGUAACAUUGGAUACCUGGGAGUGAGUUAUAUUCUGAACCCUAAAUGAGGAACUAACAUGGUUUAUAUAUAGAUUAAUGGAUACCUGGGAGUGAGUUACAGGCUGGAAUCUAUUCAAGGGGUUCAGAUGGUUUAUGUAUACAUAGGCAGAACAAUGGAUGCUUCUAGUAUUCUCACUCUCACGCUCGCUCUCUGCCCUCCCCACUCCCACCCCCCCAGACUGGAAUCCAAUGGAAGGUUUCAAAUGGACGACAAAAUUCCCUUUAUGUGACAAAAAAAACUGUCCUGACUUUAUAAAUCUAUUUAAGAAUUGCCACUCAAAGUCCAAGCUUUUAUUGAUGUUUUGUGUGACCAUAUUUAAGGUUGACGUGUUUCACGUUAUUAUUAAAUUGAACUUGCAACACAUUGUGCA